AUGGCUUUUCCUGCCUUACUACAAUUCCCUGCCUUCACUCUCCCUUGCCCUCAUCACUCUCCCUUGCCCUCAUCACUCUCCCUUGCCCUCAUCUCUCUCCCUUGCCCUCAUCACUCUCCCUUGCCCUCAUCUCUCUCCCUUGCCCUCAUCUCUCUCCCUUGCCCUCAUCUCUCUCCCUUGCCCUCAUCUCUCUCCCUUGCCCUCAUCUCUCUCCCUUGCCCUCAUCUCUCUCCCUUGCCCUCAUCUCUCUCCCUUGCCCUCAUCACUCUCCCUUGCCCUCAUCUCUCUCCCUUGCCCUCAUCUCUCUCCCUUGCCCUCAUCUCUCUCCCUUGCCCUCAUCUCUCUCCCUUGCCCUCAUCACUCUCCCUUGCCCUCAUCUCUCUCCCUUGCCCUCAUCACUCUCCCUUGCCCUCAUCUCUCUCCCUUGCCCUCAUCUCUCUCCCUUGCCCUCAUCUCUCUCCCUUGCCCUCAUCUCUCUCCCUUGCCCUCAUCACUCUCCCUUGCCCUCAUCUCUCUCCCUUGCCCUCAUCACUCUCCCGUGCCCUCAUCACUCUCCCUUGCCCUCAUCUCUCUCCCUUGCCCUCAUCUCUCUCCCUUGCCCUCAUCUCUCUCCCUUGCCCUCAUCUCUCUCCCUUGCCCUCAUCACUCUCCCUUGCCCUCAUCUCUCUCCCUUGCCCUCAUCACUCUCCCUUGCCCUCAUCUCUCUCCCUUGCCCUCAUCUCUCUCCCUUGCCCUCAUCUCUCUCCCUUGCCCUCAUCUCUCUCCCUUGCCCUCAUCUCUCUCCCUUGCCCUCAUCUCUCUCCCUUGCCCUCAUCUCUCUCCCUUGCCCUCAUCUCUCUCCCUUGCCCUCAUCUCUCUCCCUUGCCCUCAUCUCUCUCCCUUGCCCUCAUCUCUCUCCCUUGCCCUCAUCUCUCUCCCUUGCCCUCAUCUCUCUCCCUUGCCCUCAUCUCUCUCCCUUGCCCUCAUCUCUCUCCCUUGCCCUCAUCUCUCUCCCUUGCCCUCAUCUCUCUCCCUUGCCCUCAUCUCUCUCCCUUGCCCUCAUCUCUCUCCCUUGCCCUCAUCUCUCUCCCUUGCCCUCAUCUCUCUCCCUUGCCCUCAUCUCUCUCCCUUGCCCUCAUCUCUCUCCCUUGCCCUCAUCUCUCUCCCUUGCCCUCAUCUCUCUCCCUUGCCCUCAUCUCUCUCCCUUGCCCUCAUCUCUCUCCCUUGCCCUCAUCUCUCUCCCUUGCCCUCAUCUCUCUCCCUUGCCCUCAUCUCUCUCCCUUGCCCUCAUCUCUCUCCCUUGCCCUCAUCUCUCUCCCUUGCCCUCAUCUCUCUCCCUUGCCCUCAUCUCUCUCCCUUGCCCUCAUCACUCUCCCUUGCCCUCAUCUCUCUCCCUUGCCCUCAUCUCUCUCCCUUGCCCUCAUCUCUCUCCCUUGCCCUCAUCUCUCUCCCUUGCCCUCAUCUCUCUCCCUUGCCCUCAUCUCUCUCCCUUGCCCUCAUCUCUCUCCCUUGCCCUCAUCUCUCUCCCUUGCCCUCAUCUCUCUCCCUUGCCCUCAUCUCUCUCCCUUGCCCUCAUCUCUCUCCCUUGCCCUCAUCUCUCUCCCUUGCCCUCAUCUCUCUCCCUUGCCCUCAUCUCUCUCCCUUGCCCUCAUCUCUCUCCCUUGCCCUCAUCUCUCUCCCUUGCCCUCAUCUCUCUCCCUUGCCCUCAUCUCUCUCCCUUGCCCUCAUCUCUCUCCCUUGCCCUCAUCUCUCUCCCUUGCCCUCAUCUCUCUCCCUUGCCCUCAUCUCUCUCCCUUGCCCUCAUCUCUCUCCCUUGCCCUCAUCUCUCUCCCUUGCCCUCAUCUCUCUCCCUUGCCCUCAUCUCUCUCCCUUGCCCUCAUCUCUCUCCCUUGCCCUCAUCUCUCUCCCUUGCCCUCAUCUCUCUCCCCUGCAAGCUCCUCGACAUGCCUCCACACACGUGAGAAGGCCUUCACCAGGCAGCCUGAGCCGCCGCUGCUGUACUCGUGGAGAGAGGCGGGUGAGCCUGGGGGGGUGGCAGAGGGGGGAGCGGGGGGUGGGUGCGCAGGUGUGGCGUGGUGA